GCCGGGAGCCAAAUUGUGCUGCCUUGAAGACGAUCACAAAGCAAACUUCACUGGAAAUGGAAUUGGGCUCCCAGCAUGGAAAAUAGCAAUUCAAAAGAACUUUUUUCGGUAGAUUUAUGUGCAAAUGAAAAGAGGGAGUUACAGUGAGUUGCAUAGCUGUGUAGGAACUAUAAUUAUAGUGAUCUCUUCAAUACUUGGGGUAACUACGUUUCUCCCCUGUGGUGCAGGAUUCGGCCAUGCUUCUUGCCAGACUGACUGGGGUCCCCAAAUCUCCUCUGAGGCCUCCUUAGCAUUGUUUCCAUCAAGGAGUUCACAGCCGAUCGUGAGGAGCAGAACUCCCCCGUCCUGCCUCUGGAAGGACUCCUUGCAAGUGAAGAGCACUUGCUCCCCAAGGACCAGGCCUCACUAAUGACUGGGAAGCAAAGAGUACUCAGGAAAGCACUUUUAUCACGGACUCCACCUCAGGAGCACCGCGAACUCGUCUUCUAAACAAAAUCCUUGUGGACCCCAUGUCUGCUGCAAUGGAUACAGAAUCGACGUAUUCGGGAUACUCCCACUACUCAGGUCACUCCAAAAAAGCCCACAGACAAGGGAGUCGGGACAGGCACAAAUCACCACGAAGCAAAGAUGGCAGUCGGUCGGAGAAGUCCGUCACUAUCCAGACACCUCCUGCAGAACCGCUGCUCGGGAAUGACGCCUCUCGAACAGAGGAGGGCCAGGAUGACAACUGGGGUGAGACCACAACAGCAAUCACAGGUACCUCUGAGCACAGCAUUUCCCAGGAGGACAUAGCCAGGAUCAGUAAGGAUCUGGAGGACAGCGUUGAGUUGGACUGCAAACGUUACCUUGGUUUAACAGUGGCAGCUGUUCUCGGACUCCUCGUCUUCCUUACCCCCAUCGCCUUCAUUCUGUUGCCCCAGAUCUUGUGGCGGGAUGAUCUGGAGCCGUGUGGUACUGUCUGUGAGGGACUGUUCAUCUCUGUGGCAUUUAAACUCCUCAUUCUUCUGAUUGGGACCUGGGCUCUGUUUUUCCGCCAGCCCAAGGCAGACAUACCAAGGGUGUUUGUGUUCCGGGCCCUCUUGUUGGUCCUCAUCUUCCUGUUUGUGUUUUCCUACUGGCUUUUUUAUGGCGUUCGCAUCUUGGACUCAAAGGACACCAACUACCAAGGAAUAGUGCAGUAUGCAGUGUCUCUGGUGGAUGCACUGCUCUUCAUUCACUACCUGGCCAUUGUCCUGCUAGAGCUACGGCAGCUGCAGCCCAUGUUUACUGUCAAGGUUGUUCGUUCAACAGAUGGAGAAUCACGAUACUACAGCUUGGGGCACUUGAGCAUCCAGCGAGCUGCAUUGGUGGUUCUGGAAAAUUACUACAGAGAUUUCCCCGUCUACAACCCAGCGCUGUUAACAGCCUCCAAAUCCCGUGCUGCCAAACACAUGGCUGGCCUGAAAGUCUACAAUGUUGAUGGCCCAGGGAACAACGCCUCAGGGCAGUCCCGUGCCAUGAUCGCAGCCGCAGCCCGGCGCAGGGACUCUAGCCACAAUGAGCUCUACUACGAAGAGGCCGACCACGAGCGCCGAGUCAAAAAGCGUCGUGCAAGGCUUGUGGUUGCAGUAGAGGAGGCCUUCACUCAUAUCAAACGCCUCCAGACAGAGGAACAGCAAAAAGCUCCAGGAGAGAUGAUGGACUCUCGAGAAGCAGCCCAGGCGAUCUUCCCGUCCAUGGCAAGAGCUCUGCAGAAGUACCUUCGUACCACCCGCCAGCAGCAGUACCACAGCAUGGAGAGCAUCCUGCAACACUUGUCCUUCUGCAUCACAAAUAACAUGACACCAAAGGCAUUCCUGGAGCGUUACCUCAGCCCCGGCCCAACCCUCCAGUACGACAGGGAUCGCUGGUUCUCCAAGCAGUGGACACUCGUUAGCGAGGAAGCAGUCACAAGUGGGUUGCAAGAUGGAAUUGUUUUUGUCCUCAAGUGCUUGGACUUCAGCCUUGUUGCUAAUGUGAAGAAAAUUCCCUUCAUCAAACUCUCUGAAGAGUUCAUAGACCCUAAAUCUCAUAAAUUUGUCCUUCGCUUACAGUCCGAGACUUCGGUCUAAGGGAUUUUGAGGAUGGGUUGUUUGGAAUUUUUUUUUUUUUUUCACUAUUCUGCUUUUGGGUUUUAUUUCCCCAAUGCUGACUGAAACUGGCAGAUGAUGGACCAGUAAUAUUUGACCAUCUGCACUUUAUUUGGAAAGGGGUGGAGGGAGCUGGGAUAUCUUAUCUAGAAAGGAAUAUCUUAAGAGGCGACAGGGUGACUUGGCUUGGUUAGCUCAGCCUUGGAGACAGAACAGAUUUUUUUUUUUCCCCUUUCCAGGCAUAUUGUGAAUCUCACGCUCUCUUUCUCUGCACAGUUGCAAUGUCUGUAUUUCUGUUGGAAUGCUGCCUUACACUCUGUGUGCUUUUGCUACCUGUUUCUCCUGAAAACAGGCUGCUCACCUGUCCACUACAGAAGUCUGCUUGUACAGAGAGAACUUAUAGUUUCUUUUCAUGUGGAAGUGAGAGAGUGUGAGAGGUUUCCUUGUGUCAGCUACAUAAUAAGUAAGACUGAAGAUCUGUUUAUUUUUUUUUUCCUACUCUCUGUGUGUUUUCUUAUCAGUGCUGGAUCUGUGUGAACAUAGUGGGAUGGUUUUGCAGUCUGUUUCUGUCUCUGUGAAGUUGCUUGUGUCAACCUGGAUCAGCCCAUCUUGCUGCUCUUCCAAAAUUCUUUUUAGCAAUGCUUGUUAGUGGAAACAGUUCUGCAUGCCACUUUUGCCUCUUUUGUCUCAGUGUUUGUCCCUCUCCUUUGCCAGGCUCUCCAAAGCUCCCCAGUCUGCUUUCCAAACGUGUUUCUCUAGCCCCAGUGCCCUCGGGGUCUGCCUUACCCUUCUUCCUCUCACACCUGCGGGGGCUGCACAUUUGCACAGGGUGGGUAAGUAGCUGGCUCCUUCUCAGAUGCAUCUCAGACACUGCUACGUCUGCAGCCCUGCAGAGGGGAAGAAGAAAGCAUGCAGGAAUGUAUCCUUCCAUAUCCAAGGGGUUCAGUGUGUCUGGAAAACAGACGAGCAAAAACGCUUCCCUCCUCGAAGAGUGGAGCCAGGAAAGGGCUGGCUCUGCUGCCCCCCUCUUGCUUUGAAGAACUGCCGUGAUGUUGAAAUGCUGCAGUGCAUCCUUCCCCGCCUUCAACAAAGCUGGGAAAUACCAAACGGUCUGAAUGCUGAAAACCUGCCUACCUUUUUUGGCCUUUUUCUGCUGUGGGGGUCUCUCCGUUCUCAGUGCCAGGAUGGCCUGCUGCUUCUUUGCUCUUGUGAGAGAUGCUUAGCUCUUAAUUUGAAAGGUUUCUUUGUAAGAUGAGCCUGUCUGGAUGCUAGUUAUGAGCAUGGUGUGACUCCAAAGCCACCUCUGGGCCUGGUGGUGACUCGUCUUCAGGUGGGCCCCUCUUAGAGGCCCUGAUCUGUGGUGACAGAUUCAAGUGGAAAUGCUGGAUUCAUCCUGCCCUGUCUUUUGCCAUAAGAUCUGUAUCUAUCAUGAGCCAACCUGCCUUCCAUGGAGAUCUCUUACUGCAAAGGGCCCUGCUAGUGAGGUACACCCAAUGCCAUUCACUGCUUUAUCUUCUGUUCUGGCCCAUGAUAGCUUCCUAUACCCUCUUUUGCCUACCCCAGGCCUUCCUUGGGCUCCAUCAUCAGUCCACUGGGCUGCUUCCCUGCUCCAGCAGCAGUAGUUGAGAAGGAGCCACAUGUCCAGCAGCACCAGCUGGUCCUCUUGGGUUUGAGGGAGCUACCAGCCACCUGAGCUCCCUGGUGAGGGAGGGUCCCAGGUGGAGAUUCCCCCAGCCAAGUAUAACCCAUGGUCUGUGUGGCCUCCCGCUGCUGGCAGCUUUGGUCUGAAUGUGUAAUACUCACCUCCAUCCUGUGGUCUCUGUGUGAUGUGUCAGAAUUGGUUGUGAAGAAACAAAACGUGCGUGAUGAGACCAAGCCUAUCUAUGCCCCUUCAAGGAUGAGAAGUAGGUGGAGUUUUCCUUGUCUAAACUCAACGCCUGAGUUUCUUUCUAGGUCAGACUUUCUUGCAGUCUGUGUCUGUACAGGGAUUUUUUUACUGACUGUGGCCUUUGCAGUAUUUUAGUUUGGAAAAACACAGAUUUAUUCCCUCCUUAAAAACAAAACAAACAAAAAAGGUGAUGGAGCAUACAGUAUCUCACACGUAGCUCUCCUGAAGGUGUAUGUAUUUGUUUUUUAUGAUGUACAUUACCAGUCAGGGCAGGAGAGACUGGGAGUAGCAUGGGCACUAUAAAGCACUUCUGCUUAUGGCUGAACCAGCUUGGAUGUGUGCAGCCAGAGGGAGAACUGCUGUGCCGGGGGCUUGGGUGUGCCCUACACAUGGGAGCACCUUGGUUAGGGCACUGCUCCAUAAAACCUUCCUUUCCCAGGAUUUCCUCUCCCCGACGAUUGGCCUGUCUGACAGUGUCUGCUCAGGAAACUCACGUCUUAAUCCUUAGUUGCAUUGAAUCCUUAAGCACAUGGAAAGCCAGAUGGAAGCAAGACAUGCUCACUCUGGAUCUGCAUCCUAAUCUGUGCUACCUUCUCUGCUGUCAGCUCCUGCUUUAAGCACUCUUCCCAGUGUUGAGGUGAAUGCUUUGCUUGAUAAAAUCUGAAGGAGAGAGCUUCACCUCUCAAACAGGUUGCUUACUGCAGAGUUGCAACCUGUUCCGAGCUGAGAACAGUCUAUAAGGGAAUCUGAACUCCUGGGUAUUCCCAGGUUUUUUUAAUGAUUUUUUAUUUCUCCAGCUCUCUCUUUGGGGGCUUGUUUCCCCUCUCCAUGCAAAAUCAAGGGACCACGAUCAUACCUACCUCAGUGGGCUGUUGUGGGCUAAACUCAGUGCAUCACAAAGUGCUUUGAAAUCCACAUAUGGAUCUGUGGAGUCUGUAAGAACUCAGGCUCUUUGUAAAAAUCCUAAGCAGUGAGAGCAGACUGGUUUGUUUAAUUCUGUUUCUAGCCAGCUAAUGAGUAAGAAUUGAGUCACAGGGAACAAAGCUCUGAAUCCAAAUCCUGCAGUCCUUACUCCUGGAAAGCUUGCCAAGAGUUGAGCGUAAAUAAGGCUUGUACAGUUUGCCAGCCAAGCACAGGCUGCUUCUCUCCAAAUGCCUCCUAUUCUGCACCAUCUCCUUGUGUGUUAAUCUCCCUCCUGUCGCCCAAGCUUGUAUGCUCUUAUCUAAUUGAGAAGUGAUUUUUAGAAAUGAGUGGUUUUUGAGAUAACCCUGUUUGUAGUGAAGGCUGAGCCCAUGCCCCUCAGAGGAAGUGCUGUGUUG